AUACAUACAUAUUUACAACUAAAACACAUCCACGUGUUUUGCUUCAUUCCAUUUUCUCGAGAAAAUAAGUAAUCUACACAAUUAAUUUUCAUUGCAUGCGAUAUUUCCCAUGUUUUCUCCGCUCUCGAACUAUACCGAGGAAAAUACUUUCCCAAAUCAAAGGGCUUCUCACCUUCAUAAAGUAGUAUUCUGCAUAAUCCCAGCUAUCUCCGUUCUACUAACGUUACUAUCUCCUUGUGCCAUUCUCGUGUGUCUGAAAAGGCAAUCAUUUCACGAAUAAUUUAGUGAACAAGUAUGAGUGGGGGAGGAUAAGUGGGACAGAAAUGUGACCUUUGACACCUUGAGGGCCGCCGGAUUUGGCGAGGAGACCACCUUUUUGCAGGACAGGGUCGUCGGACCUUUCAUAAAUCGGAAAAUCUACGCCAUCACGGGUAAUGGAACCGAACGUGGUCUAUUGUUGCAUGGGGACUUGAAGCAUGCAAAACAUUUUUCAACCGUGAUAUGGAACUAGUUACGCCUUCAGAGUGGUGGGGAGGGGAUCACGAUUUAUCGCAAAUCAGAGUUCUGCAUGGUUCCGCGCAUAACAGUGGUGAAAGACUAUGUCAACUGGUUGUGGACCGUGGGGGUGGAGAAUCAACCUGCCCUCAUAUUUUUGAAUGAGGUCGACACGCUUUUUAGGAUGGGGGACUCGGAUCUUGCCGAUGUUUUUCACCAAGGAGUGGAAAGAAUGAGGUAUGAAGCAGUUCUCGUAGUCUCCACUGCCCACCAGUUAGGGGCAAAAUAUAGCGAAGGGGUCAGAUCUCCUAAUGUGCCUCAUAUUCCGAAAUUGCUUUCGAUUCUGGAGAGAAGAUCAGUUUUGGAGGGAUGCGUUUCCAAAUGGGUCAGGAAGCUGGACGGAAAUAUUUUGGACGUCAGCCAAGACGGGGGUCCUGGUACGAGGAAUUUUUGACCUUGAGGAAAAAAUUAGGGACGUUUGCCAACUGGCGUACAAAAAUGGGGUGGAGGAGUGGAAGAAGCAGAAUGGAAUUCUGGGGGAUGGGAUUAGAAUCGAGGCCGAAGAGGUCAACCCGUCUCUCAAGAAUUGGGAGGACGCUUUAACUGCAAUGGUCCAAAAGGGGGGAAAUUAAAUCCUUAUUGUUCCUAUUUGCAGAUGUAUUAUUUUUCUGUGAUACGAUAAAUAUAGAAAUAAUUGUCUGACUCG